CAUCAGGACGAAUCUGCCAUCAUGGGUGACCUGCACAACACGCCCAUAGUCAUCGACAAUGGUAGCGGCACCAUUCGCGCUGGUUAUGCGGGCGCCGACGCGCCGGCCUGCUACUUUCCUUCCUUUGUAGGGAGACCAAAGCAUCUACGAGUGCUGGCGGGAGGACUAGAAGGAGACGUCUUCAUUGGGAAUCGCGCACAAGAGUUGCGAGGACUGCUCAAGAUCCGCUAUCCCCUGGAGCAUGGCAUCGUCACGGACUGGGACGACAUGGAGAAGAUCUGGCAGCACAUAUACACCGACGAGCUGAAAACGCUGAGUGAAGAGCACCCUGUGCUGCUCACUGAAGCACCCCUCAAUCCACGCGCGAAUCGAGAUACAGCAGCGCAGAUACUGUUCGAGACGUUCAAUGUACCUGCCUUGUACACGUCUAUACAGGCCGUGCUCUCCUUGUAUGCCUCGGGCCGAACCACGGGUAUUGUGCUGGAUGCCGGAGAUGGUGUCUCGCAUGCUGUACCAGUCUAUGAGGGGUUUGCGAUUCCCAACAGCAUUCGAAGGAUAGACGUGGCAGGGAGAGAUGUCACUGAAGAGCUGCAACGAUUGCUGCGGAAGAGCGGCAACGUAUUUCACACAAGCGCCGAGAAGGAGAUUGUCAAAUCGAUCAAGGAGAAGGUGUCAUAUGUUGCGCUCGACCCCAGGAAGGAGGAGAAGGAAUGGAUGAACGCCAGCAGUCGAGGCGGAGAGAGCAAAGCUGUAGAAUACGUGCUGCCAGAUGGCAAGAAGCUCAAGAUUGGCCCAGAGCGAUUCCGAGCAGCAGAGAUUCUGUUUGAGCCAGAGUUGAUUGGCCUUGAGUGGCCGGGUUUGCAUCAAAUCGUGGUCGAUUCCAUCAAUCGAACAGACAUGGAUCUUCGCAAGGCACUAUUCGGAAACAUUGUCCUGUCAGGGGGCUCGACGAUGAUCAAAGGCUUCGGCGACAGGCUGCUGCACGAGGUCCAGAGGCUGGCUGUGAAGGACAUGCGAAUCAAGAUCUUCGCACCACCUGAGCGGCUGUAUAGCACAUGGAUAGGAGGUAGCAUCCUAGCUGGAUUGAGCACGUUCAGGAAGAUGUAUGUGACGAUUGAUGAUUGGCAUGAGAACCCGGACAUUAUCCACCAAAAGUUCGCUUGAAAUUGCAUAUGAUACCCCGGCGAGAGCCUCACAUGUUCUAUUCAAUGCAACGCUACCCUGUUCUCCACGAUCACAAUGGCAGACGACGGUCCCCAAACCAUUUCUCGUCGAGCAUCACCGCUCUACUUACUGAUGACGACUCGCUUCACAAGCUGUGGCGACACUGCUUGGGUACCUCGUGUCCGUUUCCGAUUAGUCCGUCUCUUGCACCAGUGGAAGAGCGUGCUCGUCAUAUUGGAUGAUGGAGGGAGACUACGAAGAGCAUGCAAUGGUCCAGACGCGAGAUCACUAUGCAAAGGUCAUCUCUUACUUAAUAACCAUCACGUAGUCACGUACUACUAGGUAGCGUUGCGGGUUAGUCUCAGGUACCGUGGUGGAAGAUCGUCGACGUUCACCGCAUACACGCUAAGGAUUGGAAGUGCGGGGACGCGAGCGGAGGCGGCAAGAAGGAUGGCUGAACGUAGUAAACGGUACCAGCAAUGACCAUCGAGAGAGUUUCCUCAGCGGAGUCAGCUUGGAGAGACGACGAAGGCACGAGAACUUUGAGAAGUACAC